AUGGUAAAACCGAUUCGGGGUUUUUUGAAAAAAAUAAUUGUAUCUAAAAUAUUUUUUUCAAAAAAGAAUGAUUGAAAAAAAUUGUGAGCGAAAAUAUUUAGAAAUAUAAUUUUCUAAGGUAAAAACUAACCAAGCUGGUAAAAAAAUUAAGCAGAGGUGGUCUCAUUCGAAAAAAAUUACAAAAAAAUCAUUCUUUGGCAAACAAAAAAUUCAAUUUUCAAGACAUGAUUCUGGAAAAAUGACCGAAUAAACGGGGAAAUAAAAAAAAAACUUACAAAGAACUUAGUACUGAAAAAAAAAAGUAUUGGAAAAAUCAGUUCAAAAUAUUUCUUUUUCCUAACUUUUUUUCUCUAAUAUAUUUCCCCUCAUAAGCUGUCCAACUUUUCUUGAAUAUCAUGUAUCAUUCAAUAAGUGUGUGUAGUGUGCUCAUUGAAACGUUUUUCCCUGAUAACGAUCGGAAAAAAAGGUAAGCGACACGCAAACUUUUCUUUCAAUCGAUUCUUCGGCCUUCUUUCCCUGUUUUGUUCUUUUUCAAUGAUCUCAACACCUCAAAAACUUCAAUUUGGGUACAUUUGUCGUUGGAAAGCGCAAAAAUCAAUACUGAAAGGAGAGAGAAAUGGCUAGUAUGAGAAAUCGCCGCUCUGAUAAACUUAUUUUUCCCUGUCCACUCAAUUUCCAAUAAAACGUUCAUUUUUGAUUUCUUUCUGUUUUUAUCGCAUUCUUGAUCCUUCUCAAUUUCUUGUUAAUCAAUUUUUUUAAGCGUAAUUUUGAAAUCAAGAAAUAAUUUAUUUUUUUUAGACGGAAUGAACGGACCUCAAAAACUUGACCGAGGCCAUCCAUCUUUGUUUGGGGAUUGUAAGAUCAGCAAUACUUUUCUAAUCCCUCGUGACCAUUUUAGGCGCCUUCGGUAGACCUCGUUCCCCUUUUUGAGGAAUUCGGGAUCUCGGUGAUCAAACAUUUUUUUUUUCAAUAUGAUUUUUUUAUUUUCAGAUCGACGCUCCUGAAGAUUCACAGCGAACAACAUCAGUGAGUCUUUAUUCAUUCAAAGAUUCUCUUUCGUUUUUUUUUGUCUGAAAUGUGACUUGCGAACUUUUUUGAAUUCCUUUUUUUUGAUUUUUUGAUGAUUUCCGGCGAUUAAGUUUAAAUUAAAUAAAUGAACGUGUGUGCAAAAAUUUUCGAAGCUUCAGAUAAUGACAUUUUGGUUAUUUCGUUCGGAAAUUUAAAGUUUGGAUGUUUAAGAUGGUGAUUUUACAAGAGAUGAGCAUUUCAAGUUCAAAAAAAGGCGAAAAAAAACCUCCGAAAAUCUCGCGUGAUUACAAAAAAAUAUAAAUUAUUCUACCUCACUGAACGUAUCCUUUCCAGGAGCCACAUUCUCCAGAUCUCACUGAACCGACAAGUUCGAGAGCUUCGAUGUUUUCGGAGCAACCAGAAAGUUCAAAAACUUCAUUGCUUCCAAAAGAUGCCUUCUUGGCAAGUUAUCUCGAGGAGAAGCAAAAAAGAGAUGUGGAAAAAGCCUAUCAAGAACAGAUCCGUGUUCUCGAACACAAGAUAGUCGAGGAGAAAAGUCGUAAUCAAAAAGAAAGUCUGAGGAGAGAAUUGGAACGGUUGAAAACAGAAGAAACGCACAAAAGUCAGCUUCGUCAUCUCGUUUCGAGUCAAAAGUGAGUUAGAAUUGAGGCUUCAAAAAAAAAUAUCAGUUAGCUAUAUUUUAUUAUUCAAUACUUAAAAUAUAUUUAUCUGCGACGUCUUUUCUCCCACAAGAAAAGCGAUGGAAACGUGAAAAAAGAACGUAAAAGUCGGAGUGUAGUCACUACACUGCAGUCUAAGAGAGAAAAGAGAGCGCAGAGAAGGCAGACAGGUGUCAAGCCGUAGAGAAUGAUUCAUACUUGUGAGCGGCUUCUGGGAUAAAUAAAUCUUGCUAUUUGGAAGUUUUAACAGUUUUGGAGCAUAUAUGGAGCAAAUUUUGAAAAGCAAGAAGCUUCGCCUCAUUAAAAAAAGAUUAAUUUUGUUUGAAACAAAAAAAGACAAUUUUUUUUGAACUCGGAUAAAAUUAGAAUAAUAAACUUGACUCAUAAAAGCGAUCUCGGGCAAAUUCGGAAUAAUGGAUAACAGCCGCUAAAAGACUCAAAAUAGGCCUCAGAAAGGCAGCAAAAAGAGUCUCUCUAUCGAGCCUUCCAUUAUUUUCCUAGAAAUUUAAAGGCUUCAGAAAUGGUGGAAAAAGGUAGCAAAAUUGGUGCAUAAGAGCCUAUAAAAUGGCGCAGAGAAGGGACAUUUCUAUGGGGCUUUUUUCAACUUUUCUGACUUUUUUCUUGAAAAAAAUUGAAAGAGAGGGAGGCAGUGUUUAAAUGUUUGCUAUUUUGUAGAAAAAGAUCAAAAAAUCGACUUUUGUUUUCUUCUUGGAAUGAAAGGUCACUACAAACUUUCAGAUUAGCGCAAGUUUCGAUGGAAAUGCGAUUUCGGGUGAGCAACUCCCUCACAGCGCACCUGUGGGAUGUCCAACAUUUCCAAGAGGGUUUAGAUAAUAACCGCGUUGAACUCUUCCAAUCUGUGAGGAACCCUUUUUGCUCGAACUUUCAUCAAAAUCAAGUUUCAGAUUGCGAGAGGCGAUCCUGCGGAUUGCGUGGAAAGGGUGAUUUUUGUCAUUUAUUGAAGAUUUCGGUAGUCUACACUUGUGAGAGCGUUUCCAUUCCGUUCACUAAACUUUUUCGAAAAACAGAAAACUUUGGUUUCAGAUGUGCAAAUUCCUAUUUGUACAUCAAACGGAGACGCCUUUUUAUCUACAAUGCGACGAAUCCAUCGCGUUUCUCAUCAGAAACAAUGUUUAUGAGAAUAUUAAGGUUUUUCAGACCUGUCUUGAACAAUAGUUCGCCGAAAUUUCUUUUCAGAAAUGGGAAGAGGCUUGUGAUGGAAAACUGCGCUGCGUAAUACAAUCACUGGAUGAUUUUCGCGUAACUAAAAUGGUUUUCAACAUUUUCUUUCUCUUGUUUUUACAGUUCCAUGAAUAUCAAGCAAGCAAAGUCCCUAUGUUGGAGAAUGAAAUCGAUCAAACAAAAGUUAUUUUUGGCGAUUACGCCGAGCUUCUUGUUAUGACUCAUGAAGCCGUCCAAUCGAACGGCAGCUUCGCUCGGAUAAUGGUCAGCCUUAUCAGCUCUUUAUUAUUUGGAAAAUUCAAUUUUACAGACCUACUAG